GGUAAUUGAAACCAACCCUAAGCUUCUUUUAUCUCUGCUCUAGAGGUAGCCCCGAUUAUUGCUGACUUAAGCAUCGGAGUGUCUACCCCGAGGACCCACCUCGGGGCUUUGCAGCAUUAAAUUGGGGACUUAUUUGAAGAAAAAUAUUAUUUUGGGGCUUAAUUGCAAAAUUUUUAAAAGUUGAGGGACUUAAAAAGAAAGGAAAUUAGGAUAAGGAUGGCUGAGUUUUUCUUUCUUUUUCUUCAUCCUUAUCCGCGCGACCUGCUCUUCUUCUUCUCCUCUGCCGACCGAAGCCCCCCAAGCCACCGACUUUCUUUCCCCUUGAAAAACCUGAUCUGCUCGGUCUCUUCCUCCCCUGUCCGUCGGGUCCUGCUGGGUGUGGAUCCUUCGGCUUUUCGGAGCCGUGAGCUUCCCCCUGCACUGCCGCCGGCUUCUUCUCUCUGCAGCUCCGGUUUCCUUGCUUGUAAAUUCUGGUAUGAUGGCCACUCCUCUAAGUCUUAAAUUACCCAUUUAAUUGUUGGGUUUUGUCCAUUAGUUGAUGCUCUGUGUUGUCCGAAUCUGCUGGGAUAGGGGAUGAAUUCCAGUAGCAUUUGGCAGUAAAUUAAAUGUGUUUUAAGCUUGAUUAUGUAGAAUUUAGCUUGAAUUAGCUGUUGUGAUGUUUGUGUGAAAAUCCCGUGUGUGUAAGUGUGGUUUGCCAAAGCCAUGCUCUCCUGCCCGUGAGAUUGGGGAAAUUUUGGUAGCUUUAAGCUAUGUUUUUAGGUGUGGUUUAAGUAGGAAAUUAGCUUGAAUUGGGUUGUUGUGAUUUUGGAGAAAACCCCGUGAAUUAGCUAUGUUUUGCCAAUUUUGGGAGUUGAAGUUACUGUUCAUGAGGUACUGUUCACAUGGUACUGUUCACAGGUUUUGAUCGUUCUGUCACCGUAGCACUUGGGUUAGCCUUCUAUUUUGUGCGAGUAAGGAAGCGAUAUCGAGGACGGGGAAACCGAGGGGAGUGACGAGUUAGAAGGCUAGCCAUCGUGUAAAUUGAAUAUGGAUUUUAGAUAUAAAUGAUGAUCUUGUAAGCGAGAUUUUAAUUGGAGAUUGUAAAUUCAUUUAGUGGAUUGUUAAUUUAUAAGAGAUUUGAUCCGAAGAUUUUGAGGCUUUUACACAUUUCCAACCUUUACUUGUGAUUUGUACCAACCUUUGUACUUGUGGGAUUUCUUGAGAUUUCUUCAUUUAUUGCUAAAAAAGUUGAAUUUGAAACGUGGGAUUUUGAUAAGACACUCUUGAGCUUUCCAACCCUUUCCUUAAAAUUUUUUUAUCUUCUCGCCUUCUUUCUUUUGGCAACUUCUUUUUCUUUAUUAAUUUAUCUAAUCUUUUCACCUUUUUUUUCUUGCUUUCUGUUCUUCAAUCUAGCCAUUUCUUCUCCCUUUCCAUCUUUCUUUGUUUUCUUUUCUUUUUUAUUUUAUUUGUAUUUGGUUUCUCCAGUUGCCUCUUUCCUGGUUUCCUCUCUUUCCUCUUUGAUGUAGCUUCCUUCUUUUCUUUCGUUGUUCCUGCUUUCUUUCUUCUACUUCACCAUUUUUCUAUUUGAUGGAGGGGGAUCCUUAUGAAUUUGUCAUCAUUGCUUUAGUUACCCAAGAUUUCACUGAGAUGGAGGUAGAUCUUUGUUGGAGCUCCUUCCAUUGUAGUCUGGGCUUUAGUAACUUCUACUGUAGUCAGAGCUCCAGUCAAUGCUCCUUUUGCUGUUGUCGAAGCUUUGGUUUUUAGGUUUUACUCUGUGAUUACAAUAUUUUUUUUUGCUUUUCUAUGGUAGUUUGCUAGUCGUAUUUGUGAUACAUCCCUUCGAUCUCUUCAUUUUCUAUUUUUUGUUUUUGAUUUUCUUAUGAUGUUUCAAUAUUUUUUGAUUGCGCUAGUUUGACUGCUACUCUUUCUUCUGCUUUGAUAUACCUUUUUGCUCUUCUUAAUAAAUCAUUAAAACUAGU